CGACUGCUCCCGCUAGUGCACUGAUCCCGAACUAUCUCCCGUUUUUCUUCUACUGAGUUUCACCGCGAACUGGACAUGGUAGAAUUUACCGGGAAGUGGGACACUUGAAGUGCUCGGUGCGUGUCGCGCGUGAAGUUUUCUCUUGUUGUUCACUUAGCGUUAUUCGGACAUUGGUCAAGAACUAUGACAACUUCUUCAUGGACCGUCACUGUUUUCGUUUUGAUUGGAGUAUGGGUUUCGUUUUUCCCGGCAGUAUUGGCCGCAGGUGACCCAUAUUUCGCCGAACCAAUGUCAAAUACAACAGCAACUGUUGGAAGGGAAGCAAUUUUAAAAUGCACAAUUGAGAACUUAGACUCCUUUAAGGUAGCAUGGAUUAAAGUGGAUACUCAGACUCUGCUCACCCUGGACACACAUGUUAUUAGUCGAGACCGGAGGUUAAAAAUCACCAACAGCAAUAAGAGACAAUGGUUCUUGAACAUCAAAGAUGUCAGCGUUCUCGAUAGAGGCUAUUAUAUGUGUCAAAUAAAUACUGAGCCUAUGAUUAGUCAGGAGGGAUUUCUUGACGUUAUGGUUCCCCCAUCUAUUGUGGAUGCAGAAACCAGCACGGACACGGUCGUGGAAGAGCGGGCGAAAGUGAGCCUCCGUUGCAGCGCCACUGGGUAUCCACCACCUGAGGUGUCUUGGAGAAGAGAGAAGCCCAAGGACAUCAAUUUAGGACCUGUCGGAAACACCAGAAAUAUAGUUCAAAGGGUGGAAGGUGAAUUCCUGAACCUAACUCAAGUGACCCGAGAGGAUAUGGGAGCCUAUUUGUGCAUCGCCAAAAAUGGAAUUCCUCCUACAGUCAGCAAGAGAAUCGUGCUGCAGGUGAAUUUUCCUCCUAAGAUCAAAGUGGCCAAUCAAAUGGUAUAUGCUGCUGGCGGAACGGACGCAAUUUUAGGAUGCCACCUGGAAGCCUCUCCAAGGCCUCUGACGUCAUGGGUUCGUCACGAUGAUGUCGUACUGAUUAACAACAACAAAUACGAAAUUGUCGAGAAAGAAGAUUCUUAUAAGAUAAUAAUGCAGCUUAAGAUACGAAAUGUCAGUGACAACGACUUCGGGCACUACAAAUGCGUGGCAAAUAAUAUGUUUGGGGAUAAAGAAGGAUUUGUUCGACUGAUAGAACAAAUAACAACAACUACCACGGCAAUGUCAACAAUCCCAUACAGAGUUUUUAUUCCAAUUCAGAGAGUGGUUACAGAGAGUCAACCAAUCCCAGAAGGAACAACUACGGCUAAGAAAGAGUAUGGAGCUCCUACAACGAAUUCAUUGAGAGAUGAGUCACAAGUCGUAUCUUCUGAAAAGCAGUUAGGUCCUGGAAAAGUGGAAAGUCGUCUAGAGGACGAAUCGAAUCAAAGAAGAACUAUUAAAAAGCGCCCAAAGAGCACAAAAGACUCAACUUCUGGAUCCACCGAAUUUUUCGUCAUCCCCCAUCUUACAUUAUUUGCCGCUGCGUCCUUUAAUCUGUUCCGUAAUAGCUUAUUGAAGCUCUAAAUUACUUGACAGCUCAACAAUAUCAGCAUCUGCAAGUCGUCUUUAAUUUUUAUCAAAAAGAAUCCUUAAAAUAUUCACGAUACUUGUAUACUUGUAUUGAAAAGAUUUGAAGGGAAAAAAUGACACCAAGAAGGAAGAAAAAAGAAUUGACAAUAAACAUUCUACAGGGUAGAAUCUCCCACUUCAAAAAAAAAAUCCCACAUUUAUUUCUUUUACUAAGACGCGAACUUUAAAACUUAUUUCAAUAUCAUUGCACAUUAGAGACAGAUGUUACAGUUAGAUUUAUAUUUUAAACAUGGAUUUUCAUUGUGCCACAAAUACCAUCCAUUGAAAUGUAAUAAAAUUCUUUCAUUGUUAACAUAUGUCAUGUUUGUUACUGUCGAUUAAGAUAUUUGUAUUAAUAUUUAUGAUUUAUUUUCCGGAUGGACAUUUACUCAUGAUUUCCAUCAUCCUUGCUGUUAAUGAAUAUAAAUCAUAAUUUGGAUCUAUCUUUUGUAUUUGUGCAAUCGCAAUACAAAUCCAAGUUGUUUUAAUUGUAUUACGUGUAAAUACGUGCCAAGAAUACAUGUAAUAUUGUAUAUGUGAAUAUUAUUAUUAUUCAGAUUACUGUCAAACAAUU